UCUGACGUGGGCUAGACACCUUUCACAGCUUCUCCCUCCCGCAGCUCCAGUGCCCGAGCUUCGCUCUCCCGGUUCCCCAACCCCUUCCCCUCCCCGAUAAGCCCCGCUAGAGCCCAGCAGGGACCCUCUCGAUCCUCAACCCCACCCUAGGCCCCCCGGAAGCUGCCUUCCCUCUCCCCAGUCCCUUACCUUGGGAUCCAGCCAGCCCAGUGGACCCAGGCCCCUGAGCAAGAGGAUAACCCAGGCCACCCAGCCCCUUCGGCCCUCUGGGCCCCACCCCCUGCAGCCGGAGCCGCGCCCCCUCUACCACAGAUUCAGGAGUAGAGGACAGAGGAGAUUGAGCAAAGGGGGUGGGCUCCAGGCAACCCCUAGUCCAAUUCUGCCCCUCCUUCCCAAGGGGCAGAGAAAUUGUCUUCUUUUGCUGACCCUUAGCGGGGGGGGAAAAAAAAGAAAAAAAAAGAAAAGAAAAGAAAGAUAAAAGGAGACGGAGGAAAGGUGGCCGCUAGAUUAUUUAGGACAGGCACAGAGGAAAGAAAUCGGUGUGAGUCGCCAUGGGGACUCCCAGGGCCCAGCACCGGCCGCCUCCCCAGCUGCUGUUCCUAAUUCUGCUGAGCUGUCCCUGGAUUCAGGGUCUGCCCCUGAAGGAGGAGGAGACACUGCCGGAGCCUGGAAGUGAGACCCCCACCGUAGCCUCCGAGGCCCUGGCUGAACUGCUCCAUGGGGCCUUGCUGAGGAGGGGCCCGGAGGAGAUGGGCUAUCUGCCGGGACUCGAUCCAGACCCCACGCUAGCCACCCCUCCAGCGGGCCAGACUCUCGCAGCGCCCUCCCUGCCUCGGGCCACUGAACCAGGGACAGGGCCGCUGACAACAGCCGUAACCCCUAAGGAGGUCAGGGGGGCAGGCCCCACCGCGCCAGAGCUGCUGACUCCGCCCCCAGGAACCACGGCCCCGCCCCCGCCCGGCCCCGCCUCCCCGGGCCCGCCCCUCGGGCCUGAGGGAGGAGAGGAGGAGACCACGACCACCAUCAUCACCACGACCACUGUCACCACUACGGUGACCAGCCCAGUUCUGUGUAAUAACAACAUCUCCGAGGGCGAAGGGUAUGUGGAGUCUCCGGCUUUGAGCACCACCAGCCGCACCUUGGGGCUCCUGGACUGCACUUACAGCAUCCACGUCUACCCUGGCUAUGGCAUCGAGAUCCAGGUGCAGACUCUGAACCUGUCCCAGGAGGAGGAACUCCUGGUGCUGGCUGGUGGCGGGUCCCCAGGCCUGGCCCCCCGACUCCUAGCCAACUCCUCCAUGCUGGGAGAAGGACAGGUCCUUCGAAGCCCAACCAACCGGCUGCUUCUGCACUUCCAGAGUCCCCGGGUCCCACGGGGCGGUGGCUUCAGGAUCCACUAUCAGGCCUACCUCCUGAGCUGUGGCUUCCCUCCCCGGCCGGCCCAUGGGGAUGUGAGUGUGACAGACCUGCACCCUGGCGGCACUGCCACCUUCCACUGUGAUUCAGGCUACCAGCUCCAGGGUGAGGAGACCCUCAUCUGCCUCAAUGGUACCCGGCCAGCCUGGAACGGUGAAACUCCCAGCUGCCUGGCAUCCUGUGGUGGCACCAUCCACAAUGCCACACUGGGCCGCAUCGUGUCCCCUGAGCCUGGGGGAGCUGCAGGGCCCAACCUCACCUGCCGCUGGGUCAUUGAAGCAGCUGAGGGACGCCGGUUGCACCUGCACUUUGAGAGGGUCUCACUGGAUGAAGACAAUGACCGGCUGAUGGUGCGCUCAGGGGGCAGUCCCCUAUCCCCCGUGAUCUACGACUCAGACAUGGAUGACGUCCCAGAGCGGGGUCUCAUCAGUGACGCCCAGUCCCUCUAUGUGGAGCUGCUCUCAGAGACACCCGCCAAUCCCUUGCUGCUGAGCCUCCGAUUUGAAGCCUUUGAAGAGGAUCGCUGCUUUGCCCCCUUCCUGGCACAUGGCAAUGUCACUACAACGGACCCGGAGUACCGCCCAGGGGCACUGGCCACCUUCUCGUGCCUCCCAGGAUAUGCCCUGGAGCCCCCCGGCCCUCCUAAUGCCAUUGAAUGUGUGGAUCCCACAGAACCCCACUGGAACGACACAGAGCCAGCCUGCAAGGCCAUGUGUGGAGGGGAGCUGUCAGAGCCAGCUGGUGUGGUCCUCUCUCCGGACUGGCCCCAGAGCUAUAGCCCUGGCCAGGACUGCGUGUGGGGCCUGCACGUCCAGGAAGAGAGGCGCAUCUUGCUUCAAGUUGAGAUCUUGAAUGUGCGCGAAGGGGACACGCUGACACUGUUCGAUGGGGAUGGUCCCAGCGCCCGAGUCCUGGCCCAGCUGCGGGGACCUCAACCGCGCCGCCGCCUCCUCUCCUCUGGGCCCGACCUCACGCUGCAGUUCCAGGCACCACCCGGGCCCCCAAACCCAGGCCUGGGCCAGGGCUUCGUAUUGCACUUCAAAGAGGUCCCGAGGAACGACACCUGCCCCGAGCUGCCACCUCCAGAGUGGGGCUGGAGAACGGCGUCCCACGGGGACCUGAUCCGGGGCACAGUGCUCACUUAUCAGUGCGAGCCUGGCUAUGAGCUGCUGGGCUCCGACAUUCUCACCUGCCAGUGGGACCUGUCCUGGAGCGCCGCGCCGCCCGCCUGCCAAAAGAUCAUGACUUGCGCCGACCCUGGUGAGAUUACCAACGGCCACCGUACCGCCUCAGAUGCUGGCUUCCCUGUCGGCUCCCAUGUCCAGUACCGCUGUCUGCCUGGGUAUAGCCUGGAAGGGGCAGCCAUGCUCACCUGCUACAGCCGGGACACAGGCACACCCAAGUGGAGCGACCGGGUCCCCAAAUGCGCCUUGAAGUAUGAGCCGUGCCUGAACCCCGGGGUUCCAGAGAAUGGCUACCAGACGCUGUACAAGCAUCACUACCAGGCGGGCGAGUCUCUGCGCUUCUUCUGCUAUGAGGGCUUUGAGCUUAUCGGCGAGGUCACCAUCACCUGUGUGCCCGGCCACCCCUCACAGUGGACCAGCCAGCCCCCACUCUGCAAAGUGGCCUAUGAGGAGCUCCUGGACAACCGAAAACUGGAAGUGACCCAGACUACAGACCCGUCCCGGCAGCUGGAGGGCGGGAACCUCGCCUUGGCCAUCCUGCUGCCUUUAGGCCUGGUCAUUAUCCUCGGCAGUGGCGUUUACAUAUACUACACCAAGCUUCAGGGAAAAUCCCUCUUCGGCUUCUCGGGCUCCCACUCCUACAGCCCCAUCACUGUGGAGUCAGACUUCAGCAACCCGCUGUAUGAAGCUGGGGAUACACGAGAGUAUGAAGUUUCCAUCUGAACCCAAGACUAAGGCUGCAGGACCCAGGACGGCCCUCCCCUCCUCAUUCGGGGCAGGGGAGAGUACAGGACCUGGUCUCGGCCUCCUGGCUCCCCUCUUCCCUGGCUGUGUAAAUAUUCUCCCCAUCCCAUGAGGAGGCUUUGAUGGCCCUGGAGACCCUACAGUAAAUAAACCAGCAUCCUGUCGCCCGAAGCCGCCUCUUCUCGGUUGCCAAACAAGGGGCCUGCCCCCCACCCUACUGGCUUUUGGACCCUGGGAGGGGAACUCAGCCCCCUGCAACUCUUGAAGCCCCUCCAGCCCAGGGCACCCCUCAAGGACUGCCCCAUAGCUCUACUGUUCCCUUGGCCAUAAAAGCCCCUCCCCUCCCAGACGCUCUGGCUCUAGGCCUGACUCCUGGGCCGAGGAGGGUCAGAAGAGGGCUGAAGGGAAGAGCUGGAACAAGGCCCUGCCCCCUUCCUGCCCUCUCUCCCCAACCCACAGUCUCUCCACCUUUGCUUCUGGAUUCUUGUUUUUGAGCAAUAAACAGAAAAUCACCACUUGUAA